AUGGAAGAAACUGAAGCUUUGAUAAAAUCAUCUGAGCCUUAACAUACUAGAAACGUCAUUUAGGCACUAAUAAAUGAAUAUAAAAUUAUGUAUGCUGGUCUAUAAAAUCAGUAAUAAAUUGUCUUAAAACCUAGAGAAUACCUUGAUUAUUGUUUUGUAAAAGGAGCUUCUGGAUAAACAGUCCCAUUAGCACUUCUAUUACCUGUAGGUUUGUUUUUGGGGAUAGUAAAUAUAUUGUCAAAAGCUACAACCAAUAUUAUUGAAGGUUAAUAAUGAUGUCAAAUUUAGGUGAUUAUAUCCUCACAAAUUUGGUUUAAGUGAUCCUUUAAAUCUGUGGACUUUGCAUAGUUCUAUAUUUAUUACUUAAAGCAUGUGAGGUGAUACCAAAGAAGAUUCAAAAUCCACUUCUUUUUGGGAGAGUAACAACUUACGUUUUUAUGUGUUUACUUAUUGCAAUGGGAAUUUUGGUUGUAGAGAGGAUAGUAGAAGGAUAAGCUAGAACUUAUCAUACUUCUUAAUUCUGGGUUGUUUUUGCCUUAAUAAUCUGGUAAAAAAUCUUGGUCUUAUUUAUAUAUGAUUAUAAAGUUAGAUUUGCAGCAUUUUUCUUUUUAUAUACUUAUUAUGCUUUUAGAGUUUCAGGUUAAGAAUUUAGAUGGGCAUACAAUCUAUUAAAAGCAUCAGUUUAUAUAAUUUUAGAGUUAGUGAUGGUUAUAGAUAGAGAAUUAAAGAAUUAUGCUGAUUAUUAACUGGAAAAUAAUGUAAUUUUUAAAUUUAUAUAGAUUCAAACUAAAUAAGUAUUAGAUGAAGUAGUACCUCCAAUGAGAAUGUUUUAAUAACAAUUCUUACUUGAAUCUUAUCUUAAAGUAUUUCCUGUUGUUAUUUUUGAUUAAACAAAAGAAUUGCUUAAUAUUUCAUCUGAAACAUUAAAAUUAUUAGGUCAAAAUGAUUUGUUUUAGGCUGAAAAAUAAUUAAGAAAAUUAGAGAUAAUAGAAGUUUUUAAUAGAAAGGAAUAAGUGUCAGUUAAAGAAUUGACUGUUAAAUUGAGUAGAUAAGCUAAAUUUGGAUCUACUUGUGGAGUAAAUGAAAAAGGAGAUUUAUUACAUUCUUUAAUUAAUGGUCCAGCCUUAUAGCAAUUAAGAUAAUAGUAAUAAACUGACUAGCCAAGAUUGUAAACUCAGGGUUAAUUAGAAUAGUUACUUAAUGAAUUAAUAAAGGGAGAUCAAGAUUAUUUAAAGGGAUUAUUAGUAUUGAAAUUAAGUAAGGAAAAGUAGUACUAUUUUUCAUUUCAUUUGAUUCGUAAUAAAAAAAUUUAUCUAUUUUUGGAUGAUGUUUCUGAAAUAAUGAAACUUUAAUUGAAAAACAAGGAUGAAAAUUAUGAGACAAAAGAUAAUAAAGAUAUUAAUAUUCUAUUAUCUUAGAUUCGUUAGAUUGCUACAUUAAAAGGUUAUCCUAUACCAACUAAAAUAUAAAAUAUUGAGAUGAAAUCUUGUUAUUUAGAAUAGAAUUAAUUAAAAAUUAAUUAUGACAAAAUUAAUUUUGAUUAAAUGGUGAUAAAUUUGUAAGAAUAUUAUAAAUAACGAAUUCCAACAAUUAAAUAUUAAUUUAAAAAUCUAGUAAAAUUGAAUACAAAUUUCUUUACAGAUGAAGAACGUGUAAGAUAAAUUAUAGAUAUUAUAAUGGAGAAUAGUAUAGAAUAAACAAAAGAUGGAUUUAUUGGUAUAACUUUUGAAAAUGAUGCAAGACCAAAUUGUAUUCAAGUAUCUAUACAAGACACAGGCACAGGGAUAAAUCUAGAAUUAAUUAAAGAUGAAAUGGGUACAAAAUUAUCUGGUCUUUUCAUAGCUAAUUAUUUAACUAAAAUAUUAGGAGUUUCAUUUUUUAAUAAAAAAAUUAAUGGAUAAAUUGCAAGUAAAGGAUUAAGAAUUGUAACUACAUAAGAGUAUGGAACUAAAAUUUCAUUUACUCUUAGAAAUAUGUUAUAUGAUUAGAAUAAUGUUUUCUUUCUUUUAGAUGAGAAUAUAGAUGAAGAUGAAUAGAAUCAAGAUGAAAUUAUUGAAAGAUACUUAAUUGAAGAUUAAACUUUAUAUUUAAAUAGAUUAAAAAAGUAUAAAUAUAUAUAUUAUUUAAAUAGACCUAUUAAAUAUAUAGUGAUGAAAAAUGAAGAAAAAAAAGUUGUAUAAAUUUUAGAAGACAGAAUAGUUAAAAGACCACAAUUAAAAGGUAUGAUGAAACUUUAGGAAUCAGGAAGAUUGAAGUCUCUAACUAAUCAAAUAGAAUAAUUAUAAAUUCCAUUAGAAAAAUGUAUAUGUGAAACUCCUUUAAUCAUAAAUAGUGAUUUCUACUUUUCAUCUACAUUAAAAGACUUUAAUUUUUAAAUUGUAAAUGAAUAUGAGGCUUUGAAAAUAAUUAAUAUAAAAUUAAAAGAGAAUCCUUGUAUAUAGAAAGGAUGCAUUGCUUAUAAUAAAAUAUUUAUUAAUUGCUCAAAUCCUAAAGUAAAUUAUGAUGAGUAAUAUAUAAAUUUAAUUGUAGUUUGAUUAAGAAAUUGCUUCUAUUAAAUAAGUAACUUAAUAUUGUAGUCCUUUAAUAUCUUCCAUGGGGAGAAUAAUAACCAAACAUCACUUAUUAUUAAAUGCCAACCAAAUUAGAUACAAUAUUUAAGUGA